AUGAGAGCAGCGUCUGGACUGGUGGCGUUGUUAGCUACGACGGCUUUUGGCGCCGAAAUCGGCAAGCAAUGGAGCGUUGGCUGGGUCAAUGAUGUCAACCCAGAUGGAAAGUUUCCCCGCCGAGCCAUCGGCAUCAAUGGCAAGUUCCCUGCCGAUCCUCUCAGUGUCAACUCGGACGACUUUGUGCACAUCAACUUUACCAACAAGUUUGGUGAUGGACGGCCGUCCGCACUGCAUGGACACGGACUCUUCUUCACGAACGUCAACUACUACGAUGGUGCUGCCAGUGUGACACAAUGCCCCGUGCCCGACGGAUACUCGUUCUACCACGAAAUCCUGAACUCGCCAAAGAGUGGUGAGAAUGCACCCAAGCAGUGGGGAACAUAUUGGCUGCAUGGGCAUUACAAGGGUCAGUAUAUUGAUGGCCUUCGGACACCAUUCAUUAUUCACCGUUCUGAAGGAGAGGUGUAUGAAUACGAUGAUGAUUACACAGUGGUUCUUGCCGACUGGUAUCAUCAUGUGCAUGGCUAUAUUCUGCAUCAUGACUACUUUGUAAAGGGAGGGGGAUAUCCGACGCCGGAUUCUGGACUGAUGUACUUUGCACACACAAAGAAGGGAGAAGAAGCGAGGACGAUGCCGGGGAUGAAUGAGAAUGCGACAUUACCGUUUGAGCCAGGCAAAACGUACCGACUGCGAUUGAUCAACAUGUCGGCAGCGUCUGUCUUUGACUUUUGGAUCGAUGGGCACGACAUGGACAUUAUUGAGGUGGAUGGCGUGGACGUGGAGCGAUACCCUAUUGACUCGGUUCAAGUGGCAAUAGGACAACGAUACAGUGUGUUGGUCAAGGCAAGAAAUGAAACAGAUAAAAAUUGGAUGAUCCAUGCGAACAUGGAACGCGGGACGUUCUCGAAAGUGGGUGAUUUGAAACUGAACUUAACGAGCACUGUGUCAUAUGGAGGAAAAGGAGUAAAAAUGGGCAACGAAGACCAGGCAAGCAAGAAGGGAAUACGGCCCAUGGAUGACACAUUAUUUGUGCCGAAAGAGGUGAUCGAGACAGUAGAGCCAGACACACGGGUGACAUUGGUGGCGACAGUUGGGUCCAAGAACAGGAUGCCUUUUGCAGCCUUUAAUGAGACGGCUUUUGUGCCUCCGCGUAGGCCGGCAAUGCUGACCAUGAUGAGCAAGAAUGGGUCAGAUGUGAGCGUAUACGGCGAUAAGGCAAACGCUGUCAUUGCGCCUUACAAUCAUAUGGUUGAGGUGACGAUUCUUAACGACUCGCAUGAUGUGCAUCCUUUCCAUAUGCAUGGGACUCGAUUCCAAGUAGUUCACCGGGCCAAUGGAACUAAAGGCCAAACACCGAAAGUUCCUGACGUGAAAGAGCAGAAGAAUCCAAUUCGACGGGACACAGUCGCGGUUGAUGCAUGGGGAAGUGUGACGAUCCGAUUCCGAGCAAACAACCCAGGGGCGUGGAUCAUGCAUUGUCAUAUGGAUUGGCACCUGUCUGCGGGGCUAGCAAUGGUCAUGCUGCAGGCUCCUGAGGAAGCCCACAAGGUUUUGAACGUGCCGCCUUAUUUGAAAGAGCAGUGUAAGAUGUUUUGA